AUGAAGAUUUCUGAGGACGGCUCCCCUGCGGAGCGGAAGCGGCCGUCAGGGCUCAGAGGCUGGAGAGGCUUAAACAGCUGGACGAGAGGAAAAGGCGGGGCAGGAGUGAAGAGGCGGCCUGACUCUGACACCGCCCUCCCCCCCCCCCCCCCCCGCACACUCCCUUCCCCCCACAUAUCCCGCGCGCGGCUUCCUGCCCCGGGCACUGACCUGAGGGCGCGCUCCGGGACCCGGGGCCUCGGGACGGACACACGCCGCCUGGGCGCCCGCGGGCCGGCGGAACCUCGCAGCGGCCGGGCCCCUUCGGCAGCCAUGGCGCCUGGACAAGGAGACACAAAGACACACACAGGGGAUCAGACGGGCACGAGCUCUCUUCUUCUUCUUCCCCUCCUCGGGCUGCCCCCGCCGUCCCUAGCCCGCGCAGCCCCCACCCCACACACCGACUCGCGGCCGCCGCUCGGGUUCCGCAGGCUUGGAGGGGAGCGGCUUCCGGCGCCGCAGUACGUCAUCUCCGCGCGCCCAGCCCGUCCCCCGGGAACUGACGAGUUAGGCAGGCGAAGGGGAGGAAAGACACUAACCGGAAGUACGCCCGAGAGCAUUUCCGACCUCACUUCUCGAGGAGUGACAUUCUGUAGGCUUCGGACUCACCAAUGGUGCUUCAUUUUAUUUAAUGUCAUCUUGUUUCAUGCUCUACUCUUUGGAGCUGACUUUGUGGAAGAAUACUUUCUGCAGUCAUUACCAUAUGUAGAUGUGAGAGUUCUUGAGAUUAAGGACAAAGCCAGAAAAUUAAAUGUGGAGCCCUUAAGAUAUAACCUCUCAAAAUAUUAUAUCUUGAGCCAGGAGGAGGCAUGCAAGGGAGAAGAUAUCUUUUUACUCUCUGUUAUCUUCAGUAGUCCAGGAAAUGGGUCAAGGAGGGAUUUGAUAAGGAAAACCUGGGCUAAUGUAACUACUAUACGAGGACAUCCUAUCCUCACAUUAUUUGCCUUAGGAAUGCCAGAUCUGGGAACCUCUCAGCAAGACAUCAACAUGGAGUAUAAUAAAUACAGAGAUAUUAUUGAAGGAUUUUUCCUGGACAGUUCUGGGAACCAAACAUUAAAGACCAUCAUGAUGAUGCAGUGGGCUGUAACUUUCUGCCCAAAUGCCAUGUUCAUCCUCAAGGUCAAUGAAGAGAUGUUUGUCAAUCUCCCUAGCCUGGUGGAUUAUCUCCUCAACUUAAAAGACCACCUUGAAGACAUCUAUGUGGGAAGGGUCAUUCAUCAGGAUAUGCCCAACAGAGAUCCUCGAAGCCAGAAUUUUGUUCCAGUUAGUGAGUAUCCAGAAAAGUACUACCCUGAUUACUGCAGUGGAGAGGCCUUUAUCGUGUCUCAGGAUGUGGCCCGUAUGAUGUAUGUGGUUUUCAAGGAAGCACCUUUGGCAAUACCUGCUGAUGUUGUUAUAGGAAUCUGCGCCAAAUACGCUGGCCUCAUACCCAUCCACAGUUCACGGUUUUCUGGAGAGAAGCAUAUCAGAUACAAUCGAUGCUGCUAUAAGUUCAUCUUCACAUCCUCAGAAAUGACAGGUGAAGAAAUGCCACUUCAAUGGAGGGAAGUUAAUGAUGGGAAAGAAUGCACCUUGCUUGAAACCUAUUAUGGGUUGGUUUCCUGCAAACUUCUAACUUAUCUUGAUAGCUUUAAACACUUUAAUAUAGCACCUAUAAAAAAUGAUGCAAUCUAUUUUGCUAAUUAAGACUUUAUUUUCCUACGAAAAAUAUAUGCUUUACAACUUCCCUUUCUCCUAUCAUAGUAACAGUCUUCCCUUUGUAUUUUCCCCAAAAGGCUUAGCUAUAAAAGCCUUUGCAAUUAUAUAAACAAAAGAAAUUUCUCAGCCCUUUUAAUUCAUGUCCCAAAUACCAAUGAUGUAACAGUUCCUAAAGAAUUUAAUAUAGCAUAGAAUUCUUUCUUCAAUCACCUUGUCUUUUUAAAAGGAAAAUGCAAUAAAUUUAUUUCUAUGAAGAACUGCCUCUUCCUAUUCUUUAUAAUUGUAGAGCUUCUCAAUAAUAUUCAAAGACAGUCAUACAUACGUUAAUGGAACUAGCUUUGUAUUUUUAUAUCUCUGACUUGAAUUAAAUGAAAAAAAUUAAAUAGAAUUAUUGUAAAGUGUUACCCAAUAC